AUGGGUAACGCUCAGUGCUGUGAGUCGACUCCCCGCAAGCUCACUGGUGACGGUGAUGCAUUGCCCGAUUCGAAGAAGCCUGUAAAGUGCCGCAUACAAAAAGCCGGACCUUACUCAUCCAAUUACAAGAUAUUCACAACAGAAGAUAUCGAGUGGCUCGAAUUCGUCAAGCACUCGGCGGCCCAGCGAUCUCAUGCGAAAACCGACCAGAACGCCGCCGCCGCCGCUGACGACAAAGCAUUCACACUAGAGGGAUUCGUCGACCAUCCAGGUGGCACUAGAGAAACCUUUGGAACUGUCGAGAUCGCCUCACCCGAAGUGAAAGUGUCGGAUAGUGGUUGGUCAGCAUUAAUCAAGGCACGUGUGAUGAACAAGGCCGGCUCCACCACAGCGAAGGUUGAGGUGAAGUGCAACGGUAACGGUGACAAGCCCAUUGAUGCAAACCAGCUCAACGUGAAGAUCAAGUGUGGCAAAGAUCAGAAACAUGACACUCUACAUGUGACAGAUGUGGGUGACUCUGAUAACAAAGCUUACACUCUUUCGCAUCGUCUGUUCUCUCUAACUUGCACAGAAUUCAAAGAUGGAUCUUCUAGUGACGAUUUCAAAAUCGACUUAAACACCACGCCUGACUCAGAAGCCUAUGAUGGGAGCGUUAUCAUGCUAGCUUUUGUUGUCGCGUAUAUCGCAAGGCCUACAGACCAACUGCGAACAGCCAUUGCAUCGGCGACCAAAUCAUCAGAAUCGACGACAGAGAAACCCAACGAACCUUCAGAGCCACCAAAGGAAGCACCUGUGGAGUCGUCGGAAGCCCCAGAAAAAGAUGCUGACUAA